AUGCCUGUCCGCUACAAUCUUCGUUCUGCUCCUCACUUCUCUCCUUCUUUUCCGACGGCCCUGGUCAACCCGACCCGGAAGACCCGUUCUUCUAGCGACGUGCGACGUAUUCCUCCUUCUUCUCCCAUCUCGACUUACCUUUCCUUGGUGCGACGUCCUGGUUCUUCUUCUUUUUCUUCUCUGGCCCUGGCUAAGCCUGCCAUCGGAGCACGCUUCCUUGGUUUGCCGCGGCGUAUUCCCCCUCUUUCUCUCAGUGCUCCUCUUAUUGUGCCUUCCGUUUUGUCUCCUGCUGUGUCACCCAUUCUGUCUGUCCUUCCUCUUGUUCAAGUUUCUUCUUCUCCGACGUCGCUGGCCAACCACUCCAUUGUGGCUCGCUCCUCUGGUUCGGCGCGGCGGGUUUCCCCUGCUCCUUCCACCUCUCGCAUCGUCAAGUCGGUUCGCUGGGCUCCACAGGAAGACUGGCCUCGCCCUGUCUCUCCUCCACGGCUUCGAUCCAUUCUCAAGUCUCGACCAGCCGUCACGGUCCAGCCUCAAUCCUCGUUCGACUCUAUCAUUUCGCUUGGACGCACGAUUCGAUCCUUCUUUACUGCUCGACCUGACGAUACACUCUUUUCGGGCAAGUCUCGCAAGACAGUUUCCUGGAGACACUCUCUUGUUGAAGCCAAAACUAUCGAAAACCGCAAUGCUCUUAAGCACACUGAUAGUCUCAUUUGCCCCCGGACCUAUCGGAAGGUUGAACCGAUCAAAAAGUUUCGAUUCAAUGCCACUCUUUACAGCUUUUCGAGAACACAGGCCAACAGACCUCCUUCUGUCAACACUCAUUCAACCGCAAAUGCCGCCAGCAAAGUGAUCACCUCUUCUACUCGAAACAUGCAUCCAAUCCGCAGGAUUCCUUCAAAUCUCCUAGACAGCGCUUUGUUCUGGUCAAUCACUACCAACCUCCAGCCUAAGGUCAUCCACAAUCCUGACUCUGCUACCUCCCUCAUGUCUCAGGCUGGUUCCUCCGUCACUGGAUUGCUCAAUGUCCUCCGCAUUCAGGCGAUCAACAUGUUCGGACUCUGA